AGGGAAGUACGUUGGUGGUCGGCUGCUGUGCAGGUUAAUCAGGGUGAGUGAGUGAGUAUUGUAUGAGGGUGAACUCACGAGUGUUGACACUAGGACACAUAGCAGGGCUGUGGGAUCUAAGUAAGUUGCCUUGGCUCAGGCUGGGCUUGUUGGCUUGUUGGCCAGAGUGAGACUAUCUAUCCAUGUUACAUGAAACUGAUGUUCUUGCAGUGUCCAGACAAUUAGAGGCAUGGUAUAUACUGCUUGCCCAUUGAUAUGUAGCCGAUAUCUGUGAGACUUGUAUAUUGGUUUAGUGAGAUGUUGCUUAGAAAAAGCUUGUAUUAGGUGAGGAGAGAAAUUGAGGUGGAGGUGGGAGCGGCAUGUGGCAGAUCCCCGGUAAAAAGUUUAACCUGUAAACAAAAUUUGACUUCUUGCAAUAGGGGAUCCAGAGCACUGCUGGCACAAAAACCAUAAUGAGUUAUGGUGGUUAUGAUGCUUGAAUUAUCCUGUAAACUGUAUAACUUUUCAGGUUAAUUUCUGCAAUGUGAAUUGUCCAUUGAAAUGACACAUGCAGUGUAUUUAUGGUAAGAAUAAUGUUGUUUUUGCUUGCUAUUUAUUAAUUUAAUAUGCUUUGACAUAUUCUUAAGGUUUUCACUGUAAUGCCAUACAGUAUAUAUAUAUAUAUAUAUAUAUAUAUAUAGAUAUAUAUAUAUACACACACACACACACACACACACACAUUUUCUAAAACAUUUUUUGCUUUUUAAAAGUUUAUUCACACUAAAUAAUUUGCACAAUGUAUGAUUUCUGAAGCAAGAGAGCUAUAGUGGUUAUAGUGCUUGGAGUGUUCCUUUAGGAUGUUCUACAUUUACUACCUUUUAACCAAUCCUGCAAUUAUUAUUUAUUUUGUUACAGGCCUGGAAAAUCUGGUAACUUUGGUAACUUUCCAGAACCUUCUGCGUUCUGGGCAGCCAAAAACCAGAACGCCAUCCAUAUUCUCUUUGCAUCCCAACCACUACACUAAGCUGAAGUGGUUAUGGUGUUGGAACUGCCACCAUUAAAGCUACACUCUAGUAGUUAUGACUAUCAUAAAUCACUACAGUGCAUUAUAGUGGUUAUAAUGUCUGGAAUGUGCCUUUAAAGAUCAGUAAGUAACGUAAAAGCUUGCUGUAUAUAUAUAUAUAUAUAUAUAUAUAUAUAUAUAUAUAUAUAUAUCGAUCUAUGUAUAUUAAAAAAAGCACAAUUCAGUAAUUUCAUGAUAAGUAGAAUCUUUGCUUGGACCUUAUUCUAAAUUAUCUGAAAGAGAGCAGCAUUCUACACGUUCUACUCAUUGAGUCUCCUGUCACUUGACUUACAUCUGUUUAAACAUGUCAGCUCACACGGUGGAGACACGGAAGUUACCGCCUCUGGUGUGUAGAACUCUAGCCGAAGCAAAAACCGGAACAGGAGGAGUCUUGGCCUCAGUGUCUGCUGUGAAGGUGACAUUAUGAUACUUUUUAUUUAAAUCUUUAUUUAUAGGAUUUAGCUAGGUUUAGUGACAUGGGAAGGAUAGAAGGUAGAGAAGCUGGUAAUUACUAGUAGGUACUUUGUUAUAAUGUGCUCCAUAAACAGUGUGUUUAAUUAGGUCUGAUAGGGAACGUGUGUCCAAUCUACUCAUGUUAUAAAACUCUGUUCAGGAGCAAUCUGACACUUCUCUUAAUAAUGAUAACAUACUAUAUAGUCACCUAGACAUGGAAUGUGUUUUAUUUUAACUAACGUUCAUCUUAUUUACUUACAGAAAAAAGCGAGCAUAAAUACUGUGAUAUAAUUAUGUAACCACUGUGCGUUUCAUAACUUGUUUUUAUACAGCAACAUUAGCUUUUUUUUUUUUUAAAUUGACUAGAGAUUAUGAGCCAAUAUGUUAUGAAAAGGAACAAAAUACGAGUGCAUUUGUUUCUAUUUCCAAGCUUAAUAGUGUAAUUUAAGCAUUAAAAAAAGAAAAACAACUAUUCUUUAUUGCUUGUAGGCUUCACAAGGCUGAAGUUGAUAUCUUAUUCGGCCAGUUACAUCUGUGGAAGUUGAUUUCUUAUUCGGAGCCAGCUCUGGUUAUAAUUUAAAUCAAACUGAUAUGUUUAUUUGCAAUACAACCCAAAUGUAAAUAAUGACAACAAGAAGGGGGAACUUCCUCCAGGCAUUCAGUGAUGCUAUAUUAUCAUUGUGUUAAUGUUUUUUAGCCAGUAAACAUUGGUCAAACUUCAGAAUUAAUUAACCAAAAUAAACCAAAAGAACUAGUAACUGAUGUUUUUAAAGGAUUGAUAAGUGAGCUAAAUCACAUUUACUUGCUCAUUUCAUCCUGUACUAAUUUCUAAAGCUUUUGAAUAAGACUGUUGUCUCAAAGUGAUGCAUGUCUCUUUUAAAGGACAUCUCACGUAGGUAUGAAAAUGAAAUAAAACAACUUAAAUAAUAGUGAUAGAGCAACCAUUGUGUAAGCAAACAAGAUAUUAUAGUCCAUGCAAGGUAGUGGAGGGUCAGAGGAAACUAUAGUGUUAGGAAUAUACGUUUUUAUUCCUUACACUACAGAAUCCCUUUAGCAUGCCUGUUUUGUUUUUGUAAAUAAACAGUUGUCUGUGAAUACAAAUUUUUAUAUUUUAUUUACCUUUUUUGCAUAUUCCUUUUUUCUGCACAUGCUAAUGUGAUUUUAUUCUUCAUGGGCUUUUUUUUUUUUUUUAAUUCCUUCCGUGGGCUUAAUAUUAUUAUUAUUUAUAUAGCACCAGCAAAUUCUGUAGCGAUGUACAUCAUUUAUUUAUUUAUUUUAAUUCUAUCUGGAUCUUUCUCUACUAAUAUGCUAAGAAACAUGCUUUCUUCGUUCAUAACAGGCUGAUAAAUGUCAAGAUGAUGCUUUCAAUCAGACAACUCAUACGAUCACCUCUUCCUUCACCUAUACCUACACUAGCAUGUAUUCGAUUUAACACAACAGGACCAGAGCAGGUAAUUAAUGCAGUAAUUCAAAUUUUACCAUCAAAACAUCAAGCAUUCUCUAUAUAUUAAACACAAGUUAUCUUGCUUUCUCAGGCUCCUAAGAAAACAAAGUUUGGGCCUCUGCAUGAUGAUGACAGAAUCUUUACUAAUCUGUAUGGACGUCAUGACUGGAGGUAAAAUCAAUAAAAAUAAAUAAAGUUUUACAUUAAAAUUCAAAUAUUAACAGUUGUUUUAUAGACGUGCAAAAAAUGGUAUUAUCAAUGAACUAAUCAAUUUGGCCAAAUUAAAAAAAAAAAAAAAAAAAGCCUUUUAAUCAGCACUCAAGCAAAUCGAUUUCCUUAAUUUAUUUCCCAGACCAAAAAUUCUGUGUGGAUUGAAAGGUUUUUGAUUCUGAUAAAUGUAUUAUUCUAUGGACAAAAUAAAUUUCUGCACACCAAUUGUUUUUAUGUUCCAGUAUACAGCCAAGUGCCUUUUUUUUUUUACAUUUAACUGUGUUAUUUAUGACUCUGUAGACUGAAGGGUGCCCAGAGCCGUGGCGAUUGGUACAAGACAAAGGAGAUUCUCUUGAAGGGAGUGGAUUGGAUACUUGGAGAAAUAAAGAGUUCUGGACUACGUGGAAGGGGAGGUGCUGGGUUCCCAACAGGUCUCAAGUGGAGCUUUAUGAACAAACCUUCUGAUGGGAGGUAACAAUCUGUGCCAUUGUUUCCAUAUUUCUCUUUAAACUGAUCCAUAAAUGUGUCAUACAUGUAGUCUAUUGUUCCAGUCUUUUGUCCUUUCUUAAUAUGUUUAAGAUUACUUGUUUAUUUAGAAAUUAGUCUUUACAAUCAAAAAACCAUUGCAGUAUAUCCUCUUAUAUGACUAUACAAACAGUAUAAUAAAGUUACACAGGAUUAUAUAUUUAAAAUAUAUAGAAAAUAAUGAAGUCAAUAUUAGGUAUUAUAUUGGACUGCAGACACAAAAAGGUCAAUCUGUAUAAAUGAAAAAAAUCUCAGGCACUCACUGUGAUUUCUUCCAGGCAGUUUAUUGCAACGUUUUGACCUGAAACCAGGUCUUUAUCAAUCUUGAAAAAAAAUCUCAGGCACUCACUGUGAUUUCUUCCAGGCAGUUUAUUGCAACGUUUCGACCUGAAACCAGGUCUUUAUCAAUCUUGAUAAAGACCUGGUUUCAGGUCGAAACAUUGCAAUAAACUGCCUGGAAGAAAUCACAGUGAGUGCCUGAGAUUUUUUUUCAUUUAUACAGAUUGUAUGGGGUUUGCUGACCCAUGCUCAGUGCACCCUGUGUUACAUUUUGUGAUUGAGUGCAACCCUCCUUUCUCUCUUAUUACAAAAAGGCCAAUCGUCACAGAGGUUUGACUGGUGGAAAACAUGAUUGUUUCAGUUCCAUAGCUAAAAAGUUCAUAAUUUCUGACAUCUGUUUUGCUGAUGAUCCAAAAGAUGACAAAAAACCUAGUUUAAAGUGCGUCCAAUUUUGCAACAAACUAGGAAAAAAAACUCCUUGACCCCAGAAUGGUAGUCAGAUCUCUCAUUGGAUCAAGAAGACAUUACCCAACUAAUUAAACAUUAUAUCCCUGAAUAUUGUGUUUUCUCAACUAUUUAUCCAAUUGCUUUUUAAACCUCUUUAUAGACUCUAAUUAUUGUUUGUAACAAUGUUCUUCCUAAUGAAUUCCUGAAUAGUAUCCCUUAAUAACCCUUGAACUACUUUCCUAGCCACAGAAAUUAAGUGCACAUGUCUAUAAUUUCCAGGCAAAGCUUUAAAAACCUUUUUUCUUAAGAGCGUGAUAUAAGAAGUUGUGAAUGAAAUGCGCUGUGCAGUAAAGGACAUUUAAAUAUGAGAUCUCUCCUUACAGCAAGUGCUUAAGGAUAUUGUGUAAGCCAGGCAGGGGAGGUUUUUGCCCUAUCUGCAUCAACAAAGUGAAUUAAUUCCAAAAUGAAUGAGACACUGAGACUGCAGGGACAUGUUCUGUUCUCCAAAACCACUUAAUUAAGCUUAAAUUGUUUUGGUGCUCAUAUUGUCCCUUUUAACUGUUAUAGCCCAGAGUUAACUGCUUUGCAGAAGUAGCAACCAGACUUUCUUACGGUUACCUACUGAAUCUGAAAAAACAAGUUCUUAAGGCAGAUCAAGUUCAGGCAGCACAUAGAAGAAUUUAAACUCCUCUCUAAAGAUGUGAAAAGGCAGAUGCUGGUUAAAUGAGGCUAACUGUAGGAGAAAUACUGGGAAGAGUAGUGGCACAAAGAAAAUUUAAGCUUUCAGAGUAGGGAAUGAGGCUGAGCGUAGGUAAAACUAAUAAAACAUACAAAUAUAAUCAAUCAUUCAUGCAGUGAUAUUAAUGAUUUAGAGCAGGGAUAGACAACCUUUGCCACUCCAGAUGUUGUUGACUACAUCCCCUUUAAUGCUAUUACACCCAUAAUGCUGGCAAAGGAGGUGUAGUCCAAAACAUCUGGAGUGCCGAACGUUGCCGAUGCCUGGUUUAGAGUAUUUAGAAACACGUCACGACUUGACUGUGAGGGUUUGGUCUCUGCUCUGAGUUUGGUGUGGUAAUUGUUGUUGUGGGUUUAGGGGUAUGCAACCUUUAGCACUCCUGUUGUUGUGGACUACAUAUGCCCUGAUGCUUUUCCAGCAUUAUGGGAGAUGCAGUUCACAACAUUCUGACGUUCUGAAGAUUGCCUCUCGGAGGUCUAAGCACUGGAAAAGGGAACAAAGUACAAGUCUCAGUCAUCAGCAAUUUUCACAACUGAACAUUAUAUUGUAUUGAGUUCUUUGACUUCAGAUGUGAUGUGCUUAAAUCUCCUCUAGAUAGUAGGGAAGUGCACAUAUUUCAUACAGAGUUAAAUGAGCACUUCUUAGUUGGGGCAGCAGGUAAUGCAUGCAAGCCACAAUCCACCAUGGACUGGAAGGAUGGAUGGCAUGGAGGUGGUUUGGGAAAUUCAAAAAGUUCUGGUUUAAGCUAGUUUUCUAGAAAGUUCUGUAUUAUAGAGUGUACAAAUACUAUACUGAUUAGAAUACACAUUGGCCAGCCACUUAUAAGGGCACUCCACUGCCCAAUUAAAAAACACAAACACUGUUUAGUAGAUAUACAUCCAAUGAAAACAUGGAUAUAUAUAUAUAUAUUUUUUUAUUAUUAUUUUUUCUGUGCAGCAGAUCUCUUGUCUUCGCAAGCCCUCUUUUUCUAAUCCAGGCCAAACUUUCUGUGGCUGUCCAAUCACAGACUUCUAAUGCAGCUCAAUGAGAUGUCUUUGUAAGGCUGAUACUCUUGAGUUUAGAUCCACGGAGCUAAAUAACCAGGAAGUAACAGGACUGGUUGUCUGAUAGCCUCAGGGGUUAAACAAGGUUAUUUUAUCGAAGAGGGGAAAAAAAAGGGAAAACAUAAAGCAUUUCAGCAAGCUGGAGUGUCCCUUUAUGCUGUGAUUAAAGUGUAAGAAAGAAGCACUCCAUAAAGUUUGUUUUGCAUGUUUCUUUGUGGAAAUAGGAAAUUAUCACUUACAAUAGCUGCAGAUUUAAUAUUUGCAGUUACUGCAUGCCUUCAUCUCUGUUCAAUCAAAGACAUUUUAAUGAACUAUAUAACAGCUUAUUAAGAAAACUUUGAAAGUUGGGCACUCUCUGCAAGCCCCUGUGUAGUUACACGAGGAUAGCUGAUGUACUGUAUUUUUGUAGUGUUCAUUUAAAGUGGAAAUGUAGUUUUAUUUUAUUUUUAUUUUUUAUUCUCAAAUUCCACCUGUUUUAAUUAUUUUUUUUUAAUUCUUUUUUUUUCCUUUGAAUUAGAGGUACAUUCCAGCUGGCGUUGCCACAACAGCAAAUACUGGCAGUUUAAAGACAAUGGACAAUAGUGUGGCAUAGAAUGCGACUGCACAAUUUUUUAUAACAAAUAUGCUUAAUCUAGGAAACAAGAUAUUGGCCAUUUGUGUCUUAGUUGCAGGCAGAUUUGAUGAAACCGGAUGUAAAGACACCAGGGAGAUGAUCAACAUUAAAUAUAACAUGAGUGAAACACUGGAGUAUGGAUAACUAGCUAAACUUGCAUGGGCCAUAGGCACAAUGAUUACUACUUGUUAAAAAAAAUAAGAGUGAUAUACGCUUGGAAAAUAGAUAAAGUGUAGUAAUCAGGCUAGACAUUAGUCUGUUGCUUGUAUUCCCCUGGAGACUCCUAUCAGGCUAAUUAGUAGGAAAGGAGGCAUUGGAUGAAGUAGAUGAGCGUCAAACUAGAGAGCAGACAGUGGAACUUGAACUAUAUGUGUGAGAUUCCACAACCUAAUUAAAGGACAGAGGGUAAAAUAGCGGGCUGAGAGUGCUUUCACAAGCAGUCCAGGAGGUCAAGCUAGCCUAUACUAUACCAGUCUGGAGUGUAUUCCCAUAACUUAGAGCUGGACAGGCAUCCUUGCUUAGUCGGGGUUCGGCAGGAUGAGCCACAUGACCCUAUUAGAGACCUCUCCAGGACCGUCAUCUGAGCAUGGAAUACCCAGUCGGAGCACCCCAGUGCUCUCUUGCAUGUACUUUGCAGCUUGUCUUGCCGCCAUGUUGAGGCGUGAUACGUCGCGGUGGCUGUGGAUCUCUUUUGUGGCUUCGGAGUAGGCUUUUGAGGUAAGUUAUCUCCCGCUUGGCUGUGGCCAGCAUGGCAUAUCCGACUUUCCACCUUGUACCAGAAGUCCUCAAAGAUUUCAUCCAGCCUGGACAGAAUAUCAAAUCUACCCCCUGAGAUGCAGGAGACCCCCGCGGCCGCCGCCAUUUUAAGUGUGUCACCUGAGGUGAAGGUGCAGUGAUGCCUCCUGGGGGUAGACUGGCACCACCCGCACUGGUCCAAGGGGUUGUGGGGGGGGGAGGGGGGGAGUAGGAGACCAACAAGCCUGUUCCAGGGAGUAGAGGGUGAGGAGAGUGGCUGUCUCUCCACAGCUCCUUCGUCUGUAAGUUGCAGUGCUUUGAUGCCUGCUCCCGGAGGCUAAUUAUGGCAGAUGAGGUAUCCUCAGAUUCGUCGUUUGGCUCUUAGUGUGGAUAAGUCACUGAGGGGUAGUUUCAGGCUAGUGGGUCAGGGAUUUCAUCUCUUUUAUUACUGAUGUGCAGGAGCCAGCUUGGCACGCUUCUGUUCAGCUUGUCCACUAGGCUCCGCUCCCCACCUGUUUUCAUUUUUUUAAUUUACAUUAGAGCAUACCAUGUAGUAUAAUACUGUAGAAUGAAUGGCCAGAGUGUGUGCAUAUGCUUCAGUACACAUGAUUACUUUUCCCUGGACACAGGAGUACUGUGGAGUUACAUUCGGGUUUUUCACUUGCUCCUGUACUACAGAUUGCAAUAAGUGCCUCCAUGUCAGAGGCAGCAGCGACAGAAAAUAAAGUGGGAGCCAUAUAAUAAAAUAAAAAUAAUGAAUUGUCGGGCCCAAAGUUGUCUCCUUUCUAGAUCUAUAGUCUGUCUCCCUGAGCCUGGCCUUCCACUCAGAGACCAGUCUAUGUUUAAAUUAUACCUGCCUUAAUACACUCUCUGCACUUGUAGAUUCAGCCAGGAAAUGCUGAGGAUCAUGGUCUGCUAAAUCAAUUCAUGGGAGCUGCACUUCUGUGGAGAUUGGAUACGUAAUUGUAAAAUUCAGCUUAGUGUAUAUUCUGUGUAGUGAUGAAGGCACCUUGUGAGUCCAGGGAUACUCUGGUUGCAGGUGUUUGAGCAUAAGAAUGCUUUCCCACGAAAACAAUAAAGCCUAGCAUCUUCAUUUAGACCCUACUCAGAGUUCCACUUCUGUAUUGAAGUGGUUAUGAUGCCAGGGUACUGUUCCUGCACCAUAUAGUUAGACAUUUCUCAAAAUGACAAAAUAGGGCUUGAAAGUGGAACUCCCAGCAAGUUGACAGUGACAUACUAGUUAAAUUGUAUGAGUAGCAUGCAAGCUGGGAAGUAUAAUUCCAGGCUUACGAAUUAACAGGGCUGUUACAGAGCAAGAUGCUCAAAAUAUAAGCCCUAUUUUGUUAAUAUAACAAAUUAAUCAAGCAGAAGGGGGGUGCAGGGACAUUGCAUUGGUACCAUAAAUGAAAUGCAAUAAGCAGAAAUAGUUAUAAUAAAAACCAAUUUCAUUAUUGGAGGUGAAGUUUUUAAAUGAUGACAUCAUUUGUGUAGUCCUAUUCAAGAACAGGUCACCAUGAAGCUGUCUGUAAUGUCCCUGGAUAUGUGUACAGUAUAUCACCACCUCUAAAAUUCCUUUUGUUUUAAGGUAAACUUUUCAUAAUAAAAAUAAAUUAUAUAGUCCCCUUGUUAAAUAUUUAGCUUGCCUUUGCAUUAUUGUAGUUCCAUAACAUUCUUUUUUUAAACCUGGUGCCUAAACUUGCAACUGACCAUCCGAUUGAUCAACUGGUUCUCUUAAGAAAAUACUAAUUUCAGUGCUUUCCUAUUAGCUGCAUUUGAUGAUGUUUAAUGUCCUCAUGGACAUCAAACAUCACAUGACCAAGUUCACUGAUAUUCCAGCACAAUAAAAAUAUAUUCUAAGACAAAAUAGGGACUAUGUUUGUGGUUUUUUUUUUAAUCUAUUUAUUUUUAUACAUAUUCCCUAUACCUGACAAAACGUGCUAAAUGGCUGAACUACUGCCAUCAAAUUUUGUACUUUUCCGCCACACUGUAAGCAGCAAUGUCACCAUCUAGGUUCUUUUUAAAAUAUACAAAGACCCUAGAUGAUGACAGAGCAACAUUAACUGAACAACUAUUAAAGAAGGGGAUUUAUUCACUAAGCAGCCAAUUGUGAUAAAUUACAAGCUGAAUUGCAAAAUGUAGGUCAAAAUAGUCUGUUUGGCUCUUUAGCCUGAAUGUUUUCAUUUUAGUCAAUAAACCCUUUUUUGCAGUUUAGUAAAUAAACACCUCUAGUGCUACGGAAUGUGAUGGCACUAUAUAAAUAAUAUAAUAAUGUUUAUACAUCCUGAUUAAACUGGUGUUAAUCUAUCUGGUCUUGCAUCAUGUGCGUAUAACUUUUGAUGUCCAUUCCCAGAUAAACAGAAUAAAUAGAAGUGGAACUAGGACAAAAAAACUCACUGUUUGGGGUUUAAAGGGACACUCCAGUCUCAUUAAGGCAUUCAGUAAUCAAUUGUUUCAAGUAGUAUAUGCCUGUAGCGGUUGCCAGCCACUAGAGGCAUGUUUUUUUGACAAAAUGUAAACAUUACCUUUUUGUCAGUCAGUGUUUUGUACACUGCCAGAUAAAGGGUGAAGCAUCCGAGCACCAAAUCCAGUUUAUUAAAAUGGUUGAUUUUGGUGCUUAAAGUGUACCUUUUAACCUAUGGUGCCUGAAUUGUUAAACUUUGGAGACACCCAUGUCGUUUUCUAAUUUCAGUACUGUCUUGUGAUUAUAUUAUUUACAUAGCACCAGCAAAAUUCUGUAGCGCUGUACAACGGGUGGACUAACAGACAGGUAAUUGUAACCAGACAAAUGGAUGCACAGGGACAGAGGGGUUAAGUGCCCUGCUCAAUGAGCUUACAUGCUAGAGGAUGAACCCUUUGUAAUUGCCAUAUUUUUCUGCUUAUUUGCAUUGAUUAUGUUUUGAAUGGGGUAGGAGAAAAAAUGUUGUCAAUCUCAGAAGUUUGUGUGUGUUUGGUUUUCUUGUUUUUAAUUUUUUUAUUCUACUCUAUUCAGACCCAAGUACCUUGUAGUAAACGCAGAUGAGGGCGAGCCUGGAACUUGCAAGGACAGAGAAAUCAUGAGACAUGAUCCACACAAGCUAGUGGAAGGAUGCCUCGUAGCUGGGCGCUCCAUGGGUGCACGAGCCGCAUACAUCUAUAUUAGAGGUGAAUUUUACAAUGAAGCAUCCAACCUCCAGGUGAGUAGUAAGAAAUGAUUGAUCCAUGGGUAGAAAAGAAGUUGGGCGUGUUAUUUUGGAUUUUACUAGGGAUUCCUAAUUUUUACUUUGAUUACAUUACCUAAAAACUGAUCGUUUAACUCCCUACAUGUGUCACUUUUUUUUUUUUUGUUUAGGUUGCAGUGCAAGAAGCAUACUCUGCUGGCCUGAUUGGUCACAACGCUUGUGGCUCUGGUUAUGACUUUGAUGUGUUUGUGGUGAGAGGAGCUGGCGCCUACAUAUGCGGUGAAGAGACUGCUUUGAUAGAGAGCAUUGAAGGAAAACAGGGGAAACCACGGCUUAAACCUCCAUUCCCAGCUGAUGUUGGUAUGAUAAAAUCUUUGUGAAAUACUCCUGUUGACUGCAUAUGAAUUUUAUUCUAAUUUAAAUCUAAUUAAAAUAAAUCAUAAGACAGAGUAGUGGUUACUCUCUCUUAAAAGUUAAAAAAAAAGGUCUAUUUCCCUGUCACUAGUGUCAGCUGUGGGGAAACUGACAUCUUCUCAUGCAUCACACGAGUAGAUUUAUACAGGAUCCUGCGGUCUUAUGGGGUUAUCGAUAGAAAGUUAGAUUAGUGAGUGUGCCACAGACAUCCCACUACUUGUAAGAAUUUUUGAAAGCCACAAUUUAUUGUAACGUAUAGCUGAUAACUGUAGCUAUCCUGGUCAGGCAGCUGCAUUCUUUUAGACCAUUAAGCCCCACCUUUUACUCCUCUUCUACUCACCAUGUGACGGUGCUUAGUGGGAAAUUAUUUAUUCGUUUUCGGUAGUUUACUAUUUAUAGGAUUAUUGCAGUUGACCCAUUUUUACGUAAAAGAAGAUAAUUGACCUGCAUUUUAAAAUUGCAUUUAAGGGAACACUCAAAGCACCAAAACAACUAUAGUGUGUUUUAGUGGUUAUGGUGCCUGGUGGCCCCCAAACUGUGUGUAUUCUUAUAUGGCAUCUGCCGAGUUCUGGUCCCCGCCACCAGACUCCCUCUUUACUGAGCUAAACUUAGCUCAUCAGCAAUCAGCUCAUGCUCAAUGGGCUGGCUCUGCACUGCUAUAUUCAGCCCAGGCGAACUAACAGAAGCUGAGAUUCUGAAGACCUUAGCUUUUAUUCCUUGCUGAAGACAGUUACUUUAGAUGUGCCCAGCUGCAUGCUAAGGUAGCAAUGGAUCCCAGGAAUUAUUUUUGGGGGCUUCUCUAUGAUCAUGUUGCGUUGCAGGGGCGAAUGCGCACUAGCAUAGAAUAGAGCUGUUGAUGGACAGUGUUUCAUUAAAGUGGCUUUUCCAAGUGGAGAUUAAAAAAACUUGAAAAAGCCACUUUUGUAUAACGUGUUGUGGAUAUUUUAUACAUUUUCUUUUAUAUCAUUUUAUUUUAUUUAUUUUUUAAUACUUUUAUGGUCUUAAUACUGAUGAAACAUCUGUCUAUCAACAUUUCCUCAUGUAUCUUAUAAGUGGAGAUUAUACCACUGUAUGCCAUUCAUACUAGAGCUGGUUUUAAGCUCUAUUAAACGUGAGUAGGACUACACAAGACUUAUUUCAUUGUGAAUAUAUACUUCUGGGAUAUUCUGCACCAUUAGUCUUUUAUCUCUGUUUUAACAUAUGGCUCCAAAGAAUACCUUGACCUGGCUUUUUUUAUACAAGAAUUUCCCUGACAGAACUGAGGCUAUAUCUUCUGGCAAGUUUUACAUUGGUGCAUUAUAUAGGACAUUUUAUUGUUCUUAUUUACCGUAUAUACUCGUGUAUAAGUCGAUCUCAUGUAUAAGUCGAGUCCAGUUUUGUGACCAAUAAUUGUGAAAUAUGCUAUGCCUCGUGGAUAAGUCGAGGGUAAAACUUGGGGCUAUGAAAAUCUGUGAUUUUUAUAAUUAUAUACACACACACACUCAUAAACACACACUGUGCAUUAUAUACACACACUCAUACAAACACACACUCUGCAUUAUAUACACACAUUCUGUGUAUAUAAUGCGUAGUGUUUGUGAACUAAGUGGGGGGAGGGCAUUUUUAUUAUUUAAAAUUUUUUUAUUUUAAUAUUAUUAUUUUUUUAUUUUAAUUUUUUUUUGUCCCCCCUCCCUGCUUGUUAACUUGUCAGGGAGGGGGGCUAUCUUAAUCCCUGGUGGUCCAGUGGGGGGGGCCGGCAGGAAGCAUUUAUUUACCUUUCCUGCAGCUCCUGUCUCCUCCGUUCCGGUCAGCUCCACUGUAAGUCUCGCGGUCUGGUUGCCGCGCGGAUCGUUGCCAUGGCUCUGACGGCCGCGGCUCUCUAAGUUGCCAUAAUACAGACAGUGAUUCGAGUAUAAGUCGAGUGGGGGUUUUUAAGCACAAAAAAUGUGCUGAAAAACUAGACUUAUACUUGAGUAUAUACUGUACUUGGUGCCUAUUCAUUUAAAUUCUCUAUUUUGCUUUGGUUGAUUAGCGCUGAUCCUUUUGGCUCUACUUUUUUUUUUUUUUAUAUAGAAAUGUUUUUAUUAUAUAUUAGAUUAUACAGACCACAUUAAAAGACAGAUAUUAUACAUAGACCAUAUAAUACCAAAGUUAAAUACUUAUAAUAUUAUUUAGUAUAUUUCUCAGAUUAAGUCAUUUGUCAACACCAUUACCGACCCACUGCCAAACCGGUCAUGCUGGAGGAUGUUGCAGGUAGCAGAACGUUCUCCACGGCGUCUCCAGACUCUGUCACGUCUGUCACAUGUGCUCAGUGUGAACCUGCUUUCAUCCGUGAAGAACAUAGGGCGCCAGUAGCGAAUUUGCAAAUCUUGGUGUUAUCUGGCAAAUGCCAAACGUCCUGCACGUUGUUGGGCUGUAAUCACAACACCCACCUGUGGACAUCAGGCCCUCAUGGAGUCUUUCUGACCGUUUGAGCAGACACAUGCACAUUUGUGGCCUGCUGGAGGUCAUUUUGCAGGGCUCUGGCAGUGCUCCUCCUGUUCCUCCUUGCACAAAGGCAGAGGUAGCGGUCCUGCUGCUGGGUUGUUGCCCUCCUACACCCUCCUCCACGUCUCGUGAUGUACUGGCCUGUCUCCUGGUAGCGCAUCCAUGCCCUGGACACUACGCUGACAGACACAGCAAACCUUCUUGCCACAGCUCUCAUUGAUGUGCCAUCCUGGAUGAGCUGCACUACCUGAGCCACUUGUGUGGGUUGUAGACUCCGUCUCAUGCUACCACUAGAGUGAAAGCACCGCCAGCAUUUAAAAGUGACCAAAACAUCAGCCAGGAAGCAUAGGAACUGAGUAGUGGUCUGUGGUCACCACCUGCAGAACCACUCCUUCAUUGGGGGGGUCUUGCUAAUUGCCUAUAAUUUCCACCUGUUGUCCAUCCCAUUUGCACAACAGCAUGUGAAAUUGUCAUUCAGUGUUGCUUCCUAAGUGGACAGUUUGAUUUCACAGAAGUGUGGUUGGCUUGUAGUUACAUUGUGUUGUUUAAGUGUUCCCUUUAUUUUUUGAGCAGUGUAGUUUAACCCCUUAAUGACCAAACUUCUGGAAUAAAAGUAAAUCAUGACAUGUUACAUGUCAUGUGUCCUUAAGGGGUUAAGCUAUUGUUUUGAGUAGGAAAUUCCCCUCUCCAUUUCAAGUUGGCAUAUCAAUUGUUUUUUUUUAUACUGAGUAAAAUCUGGCAUUGAUAUUUUUUUUCCAAGAUCUUGCAAUGGUUAUUUUUGCGGACAUAAGACAGUGAAGAAUAAAUAUUUGGUGUUUUUUGGGAGUUUACCCCAUUUGAGAUGAAGUAGGCCAGUUUCUGGGGAUUUCCUUAGGUUUAUAUUAAAAACUGACUAGUGGAAUAUAUUGAGUCCCAGAAUGUAAUUAUUCUUGGACACUUCCACCAGAUAUGUAUCAUAGAUUCUUCAUGGGCUAGGCAUCUCCAGCAGAGUGGGGAGUUAGUCGCAAGGCUAUAAGGUGAAUUUUUUUUUUUUUAAGUUCCAGUAUUGCUUAUCUUCUUUUCUCCAGUGGCUUUCCUGGAUGAAAGAUAUCUGGGCUCUUUCUCUCAAAAUAGUAUUAUACAAAAAUCCUCUCUUAUUUGGGGAAUUUAGCCCUUGCGCAUUAAUGGAUAUUAAAUCAUUUUGAUUUUUCCAAUACAUUUUUUUCCAUUAACUUUCUAUAUUCACAUUUCUUAAUCAAAGCUAAUCCUGCUAUACUCCACGCCGCACAAAAACAAUAUUUACAACAAGACAACAUAAAUUUAUGUAUGUUAAAAAACCUCAUACACAAAAAACCAUUGCAAAAAUUGCAGCGAUUAUAGGUUGGAAGAAGUCUCCAACAUCAAAGUAUCAAAUAUGAUACCGACAGGGAGGGAGAUAAACUCUACAUUAAAGAGAUAUAUUCUACUUAUUCAAAAGGUUCUUAACAUGUCUGAAUCUUUUCUUUUCCUCCUCUUUUUGUGCUUUGAAAUAGCUUUAGGUGACAAAAGUAUGGUAUUUAGGAACUCGCACAUUUCUUAUCCUUUUUCGUUCUUUCUCAUCCCUUUUUCUUCCCUUCUGUUUUCCGUUACCCCUCCCCUUUCUUUUUUUGUUUCUUUUUUGAUUCCUUUCGCUUUUCUUUGUUUCCCUUCUCCCUUUUUCUUUCUAUUUUUAGCUUUAGUUCUUUCCUCAGCUUCCCCUCUCUUCUCUCCAUUUUUCUCUUCCUUUCUUUCACUUCUUCUCUUCCUCAUAGAUAACUUUUUUUUUAUCGACUUCUCUCUAUUUCUUUCUCUCUGUCUUCUAUCUUUAUCUACCUAGGAUUUUAACUUGUGUUUUUAAUCUUAAUCAAUAAGUUGACACAUAUGUGAUAUUAUAUUAAUAAAAAAAAGUAAAUUCUAUGGUGUUAUCAAGUCUACGUGGUUAGUGUGCAAAAUGAAAUUAUCAUAUUGUUUCCAUUUCUUUGAGAAAAACAACCCCUUUAGGCUUAGUUAAUUUUACUAUAUUCCGCUUAUCAGUCAUCUAUAAUUAUUGGUAUAUCUUAAAGUAGUGAAAUAAACAAAUUGUGUUUAAAAAAUUUUUUUUUAAUUAUUUCUCUUUUUCAAUAUCUAGCAUAGUUAUUUUAUAUUCUUUAUCUAUAUAGUGCAUGUGAUGCCUUAUUAUGUAUAAGCCUAAAAAUUUGUUUAUAAGUGUAAUAAAUCAAUCUUGGUGAUCAUUCCUAGCACACAAAAAAAAUGUAAUUCUCUUUUUCAAUAUUUAGCAUACUUAUUUAUAUUCUUAACUCUAUAGUGCUUGUGAUGUGCAAAAAAAAAGAUUUAUCUAUAUGGCACUUCCCACUCAUCUGAUCGUCUGUUAUUAUAAAUAUAUCUUAAAAUGAGAGACACAAAGUGUUUAAAAAAAAAAAAAAAAAAUCAUAAGGAGAGAGAAAGCCUUGCGUAAUUCUCUAAGUUCUUCUUAGCUAUUUCCGAUUGUAUUUCAAAUUUAUGUUCAGCCAUUCUUUUGCCGUAUCGUAAGUCUUAAAUGUUUGCCAGUCGUUAUAAUGCAGGAUCUGUAGCGAGGAUGGGUAUCGCCAACUAAAUUUUAAGUUAUGUUUUGUUAAUAUCUGGAAGAUUGGAGAGAAUUCUCUUCUUUUGUUCUUGUAGUAUAAUCUGGAAGGGCGUAUAUUUCUUUAAAUUUUUCUUCAGUAGGUUUAUUCUUUUUCAGUGAUGACAAAAUACGAUUCUUGGUUUCAUAUGAAUGAAAUGCAACUAUAACAUCUCUUGGGAAAUUGGGGUUAACAGUAGAUGGUUUAAAAAUUCUGUGGCAGCGAUCCAUUUUAAUAUCGUGGGGAUCUAAUGAGAGACUUAGGAUUGAAUAAAGUUCUUUCAUGCAGUCUCUUAAAGGAACACUAUAGUCACCUAAAUUACUUUAGCUAAUUAAAGCAGUUUUAGUUUAUAGAUCAUUCCCCUGCAAUGUCACUGCUCAAUUCACUGUCAUUUAGGAGUUAAAUCACUUUGUUUCUGUUUAUGCAGCCCUAGCCACACCUCCCCUGGCUAUGAUUGACAGAGCCUGCAUGAAAAAAGAGAACUGGUUUCACUUUCAAACAGAUGUAAUUUACCUUAAAUAAUUGUAUCUCAAUCUCUAAAUUGAACUUUAAUCACAUACAGGAGGCUCUUGCAGGGUCUAGCAAGCUAUUAACAUAGCAGGGGAUAAGAAAAUCUUAAUUAAACAGAACUUGCAAUAAAGAAAGCCUAAAUAGGGCUCUCUUUACAGGAAGUGUUUAUGGAAGGCUGUGCAAGUCACAUGCAGGGAGGUGUGAGUAGGGUUCAUAAACAAAGGGAUUUAACUCCUAAAUGGCAGAGGAUUGAGCAGUGAGGCUGCAGGGGCAUGUUCUAUACACCAAAAUUGCUUCAUUAAGCUAAAGUUGUUCGGGUGACUAUAGUGUCCCUUUAAUUUGUCGUCUGUAAUAUUUUCUGGGAUGUUUUUAACUCUUAAAUUUGUUCUACGGGCGCGUUUUUUCAAGUCGGCUAUUUUCUCUUCCAGUGACAAUAUAUUUGCCUCCAUUUUAUUAUGUGUUUCUUUAAAUACUUGAAAUUCCAUAUGUUCUUCUUUCUCUUCAAUACUUUGAAUCCGGGUGAGAACUUUAGAAAUGUCGCUUUGAAGAUCUAUAGAAUUAUCUUGGAUUUCUUUCUUUAUUUCUUUAACCCCUUAAGACCGGAGGGCGUACAAUUACGCCCUAUUUUAGGCGGCUCAAAACACCGCCGGGCGUAAUUGUACGCCCUCCGGUCUUUUCUUACUUACCCAGUCGCCGGCGGUCCGGACUCCCAGGGAGCCCCCCCGCGGUAGAUCCUCUUCCUCCGGUGCCCCUCUGCCAUGUGAGAGUGAGGUCCUUGCGAGGACCCCACAAUCACAUGGCCGGGGGUAGCUGCCUCCUGCAUUGCCAGCAGGGGGGCUGCCUGUAAUGACAGGUGGUCCCCCUGCUGGCUGGAAAUGAAAUUUAAAAUAAAAUUUAUUAAAAAGUAAAGUGUUAAAAAAAAUAAAUAAAUAAAUAAAUAAAUAAAUUAUAUAUAUAUAUAUAUAAUAUUUUAAUAGUAAAAUACACCUAGACAGUGUGUGUGUGUGUGUGUGUGUGUAUAUAUAUCUCAAAUUACACGUAGACUGAUACUGAUUAAAUGUGUUUGUGACCAAAUGGCUACUAAAAAAAGACUGGACAUACCCAAUUUGCAAUACCUUGGGUUGUCUACUAUUGCAAAUGGUAUGCCCUUGUGGGUGUAAAUUUCAUUCCUGUGUUACUAUAAAGUCCCAAAGGCAACUUAACCAAUCUGGCAAAUUUCAAUUUCAAAUGUAACGUGCUAUAUUUGACCCUGUAACUUCCCAAAACGCCAUAAAACCUGUACAUAGGGGGUACUGUCUUACACGUGAGACUUUACUGAAUACAAAUAUGUGUAUUUUAUUGCAGUAAAAGCAAACAGUAUUAUGACAUUGACCGUUAAAAUGUCAUGUAGAACAAAAAAAAAAUCAUAUUUUCUCCAAUUGUUUUCAUAUUAAAUUAUGUUUCAUAGCUAAAUAUUUGAUAUUAAAUGAAAGCCCUGUUUCCCCUGAAUAAAAUGAUAUAUAAUAAGGGUGAGUGCAUUUACUAUUAAAGAGUUGAAUUACGUUCGGACAGACAUGUAGCGCAAAUGCCAGGUUUUGUUUACAUUUUGUUUCGUUCGCAACGUGUACAUUUGGCUCCGUCCUUAAGGGGUUAAGGAGAGAAAAAGGUUGAUAAUCUUGUCUCUUGUUUAGUAUGUUUUUUUUUUUAGUCAUUUUUUUGUAUUAAUUCUGGGAUCUUGAGAGCGCUUAGUUGCCAUUAUGCUGUCUAAUUAUAUUAGAUCUUCAAUUAAAAAAAAAAGAAAGAAAGGCAAUUACAGGAGAAGCAAUUCGGUAAAAUAAGAUAGUUUCUUCUUUUUUUUUUUUUUUGCUAUCCUUAUCUUCUUGUACUUGAUCUUUACUUUGCUUUCCUAUAUUUUCCUUUUUCUUGUAUGCGGUCUUAAUAUGUUGGAUAUAUAAUUCAGUUACUUUGACUUCUCUUUCUUGCUCUUUAUUCACUUAAUGUUUUUCUUUUUCUUUGCUGUUAUCUUUUAUAUUUGUUCUUUGCCUUUCCCUUCCAGCAGAUUCUUUUUGAGGUUUUAGUUUGUAUGUUCUUAUUCUUAUCUUUUAAUAUUCUGGGAUAAGGAUUUAACCCCUUAAGGACCAAACUUCUGGAAUAAAAGAGAAUCAUGACAUGUCACACAUGUCAUGUGUCCUUAAGGGGUUAAUAAAUGUGGCAAAAAGAAACUGAAAGUCUCAGAGAAUUGAUUAUGAUGUUAAUUUCUUGAGUACUGCAAAACGGUUAAUUGAUAUGAAAGGUUACGGUAAUCCUUUGUCUCUUAUGAUUUAGUAUGAAACCGUAUUCCGUCUACUAAGAUAUCAUUUGGAGUUACUUUCCUUUCACAUUUAUUUGCUUUCUUUUGGGGGUGUAAUUACAGUUGUUCUCUUCUUUAAUCAGUUUAAGGGAUUUGCAGAUUCUACUCAGCAGACCCCAAAAAAAACCCAUUAAAGUCUUCAGUAGAUAAUGAUGGUCAAAAUCUAGUUUCUUUGAAGUUAAUUUGCAUAGACCGCUUAUUUGAUAGAUUUAUGGAAUUCAUGUAUCUCUUAUAACUUAAUAUGGGACAUUACUUGCCAACCAGUUAUAUCUUAAUUUGCGGUUGCACUUCUUAUAAUUUAUCUUUGUUCUUCCUCCUAUUUCCCUUUUAUUUUUCUCCUCUCUUUCUCCUUUCCUUUCCUUCUUUAUCUCUUUAUUCUUUACUUUCUCUUAGCCUUUCCUUCUUUCUGUCCUCUUUCCCCUUUCCUUUUUUUUUUUUUUUAGUCUCUACUUUUUUAAUUGGCAUAAAAUGAAAUGUAGCAAUGCAUAGUAACAGAGUGUAACAAGGCACAAGUCAGACACACCAUGGAAAACUACAAUGCUGAACACAGAAUAGCCAAUGCAUAAUUAGAAAUUGAUAAAGCAAGACUGACAAUACAUGGAAGAAAACAUUUGAGUGACACAAUGCAGAGAGCAAAAACAGUGUCAUUGACAGUUAUAUAACAAGACUGGAAAUGCACUGCACAAAAUCAACAGGACAAUGAAUAAUGUCCCAAUGUGUAGAAAGAAAACUCAAGCCUGUAUAUUGCGCAACCUGACCUAAUUUGUCAGUUUAUAUAAUUUAGAUGUCAUGUCUGGCUGCAUACAUUGGGUAUAACUGGCAAAGUAUGUCUAGCAAAUUAAGGGAAAUGCAUGUAUGGAACGCAUACUGAAUUUGAAAGAAAAAGUGGUAUUAACAGCAUAUAUUUUCUUGCUGUGGCUGUGAAAAACUCGUGUUUGGAAAUGUAGAAAGCAAUUUUUGAAUAGUGACAUUCCAUUAUAAAGUUACGUUACCAUUGAGAUAAUAAAAUACUUGCAUUUUUAAUUGCACUAAAACCAAAAAAAGCUAAAUGCAUAAGUCAUAAAAUAACAACCUCCACGUAAAAGAAAAAGAAGUCUCAAGUUGUUUGCAAUGCUAUUGUUUUGAUCUAUAAUCGUCUCAGAAAUCCUAGGAUGUCUGUGGACCAUGUGUAGUGGGUACAGAAUCUGCAUAGACUGACAAGCAUCGGAACGCUUUGACAGCGUGUCAGUGUUGCAAUGCUUGGGCCGGCUCUUCAAAUCUGUUGAUGGAUUUCUCGUGCUUGAGACAUCCAGCACUAGUCCGAUACAUGCUGUAAAAUUUACUUAUACUGGCAUCUACAGUAUGCACUAGUGCUCAAUAAGGAAGGGCUAUUGUCUCUAUGGAUUGUGUCAUUACUGAGCAGAACAACCAAAGCCAGCCAAAUCUGUCCAGAGUUGUCACAAUUUAGAUGGGUAUUUUUUUUAAAUUUUUUUGGGAAGUUACAAAGUGUGUUUGCCUUUUUCCCACCCCUUUCUCAGGAGUCUUCGGCUGUCCAACAACAGUUGCUAAUGUGGAAACCGUUGCAGUGGCUCCUACCAUUUGCCGACGUGGGGGUAGCUGGUUUGCUGGUUUUGGACGUGAAAGAAAUUCAGGAACCAAAUUGUUCAACAUCUCAGGACAUGUAAACAAUCCAUGUACUGUAGAGGAGGAGAUGUCCAUCCCACUAAAAGAGCUGAUCGAGAGACAUGCAGGUAAUAUUAUUGGAGAAGAUCAUUGUCACAGACCAAACUAUUGUCUUAGCUGUGACAGUGGGGAGUGUGUGGGUAUGAAAGGGUUGAGAGCACCUGACCUCUAGUUACUUUAUACCUAUUCCAGUAUCUAAAGUAUACUGCUACUUUACAAUAAAAAAUAGGGGGUUGUGAGUUUGGAUGCCAGAGUCUAAAGAUAUUGUUAGAUUUGCAUUAUUUUAAUAAAACACAAGAAAAAUUAAUAAUCAACCGCAGACUUAACAGAUGUUAAAUAUUGAGUAGAAGUUAACCUUGUAUAUGCCAGACUGCCACUAUAUGUGAUCCUCUGUCUUUCCAAGCAAUCUUCCCCACUUGACAAAAUGACCAGUUUACAACACCUAUACUCCAAACAGGUCUGUGAUGUACAUACUUCUAAUAAUCACAUAAAACUGAGCUCCCUGAUAAAAAGACCAUUUUAGAAUUUCUGAUUUGUUACAAUUUUCCUAUGCUCCAGACAUCCAACAGGUCAAACUUGAGUCUUAGGGCAUCUCCUAACUCCCCAAGUGGCUCAAUUAAAACCUUGUUUGUAGUCAUUCUUUACAUAUCUUGAUUUGGAGACCUCACUGCAUCAUUUUAAUUAUGUAUAGCAUUAGAUGGUUAUGUUGCUUUAUUGACUUAUCUAUUCAGAUUAUAGAUUUUGAAUAUCCCAGAAAGUGGCCUCUUGUUAACCUCUGCAUGACAUUCCUGGUAGGCCACAAUUGCUUUAUCUGUUUUCUCUUUUUUGAACCGAGUGCUCGGAUUCAUGAUUUUACCCCAGGUACCUGGAUUCAUCCAUCUGGUGCUCUAGAAGAUGCAGUAUAUCCACAAUAAUAAAUAGUGCUUACUGUCAGAGCUUUGGUUCCUGCCUUUGCUAUAAGAUUGUCUGUUAACUCCUGAAAAAGUGCUACAAACAGGCAACCUGGUUAACCUCCGCAAUGUUGGCAUAAAAUUUGAGCAUACCACAUUUGUCUCGGUUCUCUUUAACUUGGCCAGUAAAAAGGAUUUAGAGUUGUGAUAUUGCUAUAUGACCUAAGGUAAGUUAGAAAGUAGCAUUAAAGGGACACUAUAGGCACAAAACAACGUUAGCUUCAAGGACCACUAUAGUGCCAGGAAAGCAAACUCGUUUUCCUGGCACUAUAGGAUCUCUAGGUCCCCCCCCACCAUCAGGGUCCCACUCCCGCUGGGCUGAAGGCGUUAAACACUUAUCUUUCUCCAGCGCCGGGCUCCCUCGAUGCUGGGGAACUCUCCUCCCUCUGCCGACGUCAGAGCGGAAUGCGCAUGUGCGGCAAGAGCCGCGCGCGCCUUCAAACAGUCCAUAGGAAAGUAUUUCUCAAUGCUUUCCUAUGGACGUCCAGCGUCUUCUCACUGUGAUUUUCACAGUGGGAAGCGCCUCUAGCAGCUGUCAAUGAGACAACCACUAGAGGCUGGAUUAACCCUAGUGUACACAUACAGCUGCAGCUAGAUGGACCUUGCACCCAGACCACUUCAUUGAGCUGAAGUGGUCUGGGUGCCUAGAGUGAUCCUUUAACCCCUUAAGGACACGACGGAAAUAUUCUGUCAUGAUUCCCUUUUAUUCCAGAAGUUGUGUCCUUAAGGGGUUAAUGAAGCAAUUUUGGUGUAUAGGUUAUGCCUCUGCAGUCUCAAUGCUCAAUUAUUUGCCAUUUAAGAAUUAAAUCACUUUUUAAGGUGACUUGGUGUUCAGGGGGCGUAAAGUUCUCCAUCAAUCUUGAUGAUCUCAGCCAAGGAGGCUGGCACAGCAAAAUCUGUAAGCUAAGUUAAACUCACCAUUGAAACCCUCACAGGCAUGGAUGGGGAUUUAAAUAAGUAUAUUAAAACUAUAGCGCUGGAAAUACAUGUUUCUAUUAAUGCUAUAGUGUUCCUUUAAAGUGAAACUGUAGGCAUUUUAAAUUAUGCCAUUUAGUUCUGUCCCUUUUAUUCAGUGUUAAGCACCAGAACCACUAUGUUAGGCUGUGCUGGGACAAAGAACAUGUCUCUGCAUGUUGACCAUUUCAGGCAGUAAUUACAUUUCUCUCUAAGGCCACCUCUAAUGUCUGUCACUCUGUCGUUUUGGUGCAAGUCAGUGCAUUUCUACAAGGGAAGCAUUGGAUUGCCUGGGCUCAUCUAUAAUGAUUUUCUCAGCCUAUGGAGCAGCAACAGUCGUGGCAAGAACUAAAGGAAAUAAAAAGGAAAACACUCUAACGUUCGGAAAAUAUGUAUGUAUUCUUAGCAUUAGAGUGUUCCUUUAAACUGUUUUGAAUGGUCUAAUGCUAAAUGAGAGCUGCAACAGCUUCUGAUAAGAUUGAUAAUAAUCAAUUAUGAAAUCGUUGUCGACAAAUCUCCGUAUCGUCUAGUUGUAUCUCUGUCUCACUCAUCUAGGCCUGGGCUUCUGGCCUAUUUGAAAAUUACAUUUUGAAAGUAGUUUGACAGGGAACAGAGGGAUGGUGCCAGGAAUCUCCAGACACUAUAUAACCAAAUUCAAGAUUCGGAUGAAAUGGUUAUAGUGCUUAAAGUGUACCCUUUAAGUGUAUUUUGCAACAACUUUAAAUUCAACCAAAUAUUUUACUGUGCAUCAGCUGGAUGUUAAAGUUUGGUGACUAGGUUUCUAUAACACAUUUUCCUACAGGAGGAGUCACUGGAGGCUGGGAUAACUUACUUGCUGUAAUUCCUGGAGGUUCCUCUACACCCCUCAUCCCACGAUCAGUUUGUGAGACUGUUCUUAUGGAUUUUGAUGCCCUUGUCCAAGCUCAAACUGGACUUGGUACAGCAGCUAUCAUUGUGAUGGAUAAAUCGGUGAGUUGCAAAAUGCAUUUUUUUUAUUUAUUUUUUAUUUUAGAAAACCUGUGUUAAACUGUUAAACAGAAACAUAACAUUGUAAUAGAGGAACAAAAUGAAAGAACCAACACAAAUAAAAUUGUCCUGCCAGAAAAACAAACUUAGUAACCAGUGUAGGCAUUAACAAGAGUUGAUUUUAUGUUGAUAUAUUAGAGGAGAAAAUGUAUUGUUAGAUGUCUUCAUUUCUGCUGUAGAAAAUUGAAGAAUUAAACUGUUUGCAUGCUGAGACUCUUAUCUUCCAAUACUAAUUAAAUCUGAAUAAAAUGGUCCAUUCUAUAACCGUAAUGAGACCUACAUUCAUCAAGUAAUCAAACUUCCCCAGGCCAUCAGAGGAAUUCAUGACAGCUCUGUGUGAGCGUGGCAAUUUACCAGGGUAUUGUGUGAAUUGCCUCCAAGGAGGCAAUUUACCAGGGUAUUGUGUGAAAGGAAAAUGGAAGAACGAGUGUCCUAUAUCAUUCAACUGUUUAGAUGUCUUUCCAAUACUAUAUACUCCAAUUUGUAAUAUAUAACUUAGGGAAACCUUUAUGUCAGGGGCUUCUUGAAAAUAUCAUAGUUAAGCCUAGACCAGAUGAGGAACUAUUAUCUGCCCAAAUGCAAACCUAAAAAGUCACGUUUUAGUAGAUAUACCCCCAACUACAACGUGCAUUUGUUUCAUUUGGGGAUGUAUCUAAAACCAGCUUGCAGAUCUCUGAAUCCUUUGCAAAUCCUCCCCUUCUAACCCUGCAGCCUUCAGUCGCUGUCCAAUUACAGACUUCCCAGUGCAGCUCCAUGAGAAGUCGUUGCAAGGCAAAUGCUCUGAGCAAUUGCCUACCUCUUGAGUUUAGCUCCACUGAGGUGCCCACCUCCAGAGUUUUUGCUACACUGAUGUGUUUGACAGCCAGAGCGCGUAACAUGAUUAAUUUCUACAUGCUGUUCACGCAUAAAGCACUUUGUGGCUUUAGGGAUCUAGAAUGUACCUUUUUAAGGAUUUAUAUUCAUCCCAAUAAUUUGAACUGAGCAUGGUUCCAUUUUAAAUCAUCAUCACAGAUGAUCUCAGGCAAUAUAAUGCUUCCCCUUGGACAAGCCUUGGUUGGAGCUAGUGUGCAUGCUCAGCAAUUGCCAUGCUAUGACCAGUAAGCGUUAUGCAUUCCCAUGCGUGGAGAUGGUGAACGUUGAUCCUGCAGUUCUUGGAGGACCUUAUGCAGGAAGUCCCUCUAGUAACUGUUAAGACAGCAAUAUAAAUUCUGCCUUUUCUCAAACAACUACAUUUAGCUGUAGUGGUUUUGGUGUGAAGUGUCCCUUAUUUAUACAGUGGGCAGCCAAUCAGUACAUAACAUCUCCAUUAGAAAUUAGAAGCACAUUUAUUUUUUUUCCCCCCCAAAAAAUGUAAUUUUAAUUGUUAUUUUAUUAUCAUGAUCCAUUAAUCAACUUGAUUUAUGUAUUGACUGCUCACCACUUACUCUUUUAAUGCAGACUGAUAUUGUCCGUGCAAUCGCUCGUCUUAUAGAAUUUUAUAAGCAUGAAAGCUGUGGUCAGUGCACACCAUGCAGAGAAGGUGACUUUAAAAAAAAAAAAAAAAAAAAAACUUUAAAUAAUUGUUUCUAAAUGUUUUAUUAGCUUAAAGCGAAUCAUUUUUUCUUUCUUAGGAGUUGAUUGGAUGAACAAAAUAAUGUGGCGGAUGUGCCGUGGUGAUGCUCGUGUGGCUGAAAUUGACAUGCUGUGGGAGAUUAGUAAACAAAUUGAGGGGCACACAAUCUGUGCGUUGGGCGAUGGAGCUGCUUGGCCUGUGCAAGUAAGUUGUUUAUGGCUCACAAAAUAAAUAUAUUACGUACUGGGCACCGUAAUGCUGAGGAGGAAUAAGUCUUGUAUUCAUAAUGGCUGGGUACACCGGAUACAAACUAUGUUGAUAGUUCAAUAUACUAUAUAUGAAACACUGCUUUAUGCUUUUACUUUUUUAGUUCACACAUGAAUAGUAUCUAUUUAGCUCUGGUUUAGCUGUCAACUGCUGUAUAGCUUCUUCUCCACAACAUAUUAAUGUAAUUUGAUAUUGUUUCUUAGGGUUUGAUUCGCCAUCUCCGUCCAGAAUUGGAGGAACGCAUUAAACAAUUUAACACAGCUAACAGACAGAAGGCCAGCAGCUAACAUGAAGAAUGAGUGUUGGCAAAGACUCCUAUUAUAAAUCCCAUCAUAUGCCUGGAGGGGAUUCCAUUUGCCGUUUAUGAGUUAAUAAACUUGAACUUUCAUGGUAGCAGACUGAUGGAGUUCAUGAAUACAUUUAAAAUAUUUAAAUAAAUACACCAAACUCUGGUUCAAGGUCCUGUAUUUAAAUAUAAACCAAAAUAUCUUUCAAACUGUCCGAGAACCUUGUAGAAUGCUGUUGUAUGUGUUUGGAAAUAGCAGUGAGAGUGCAGAGUCUGUCAUCAUAGCUGUAAGUCCCCAAACCUUGUAUUCCAUGAGUCGAAAAACUGGUAAAGUAUGUGAAUACCGACUACCCUGACGAAAGCAAGUAUAACCACGGCAGACGUCCAUACAAGCAAGGGAAAUGGGUAGUGUGAGAAGAGACUCCACCUGGGGACAGACAAACAAAGUGGCAACAGUUGUGGAUGCGUACAGUACAAGUAAGAGAAACAGAAUGUAUAUAAAUGCUAGGAGAUAACAUUUGUAAAGGAACACAUCAAGCACCAUAACAAAUUACACUGGGUGGGCAUAAUGGCACUUCUCGCACCAUAACCAUUACAGCAGACUGCAGUAGUUAUGGUGCUUGGUGUGUUAUUUUAAGUGAAGGAAUACAGCUUUAUCUAUUAUAUGUUGGAAAUGCAGAUUAAACCAUGAACCCCUCAAGGACGCAGGAUGGAAAAUUUCCGUCCAAUACUAAAAUUAACCCCAGAUUGCCACAAUCGCAGCAAUCGUGGGGCUAGUGUUCCUGCAGUGUUCCUCCGUGUCUUAGGCACACAACAGCAAGCAGUCUCACUGAUUCAGCCCAUGUGUUCGCUCUGACCGGGAGUCAGAGCGAUCACACGUGCUGAAGUGAAACCUGAUCUGUCUCCCUGCAGCUCCGUUUGAAAAAAAAAAAAAAAAAAGUGUUAGUGAGGAAAUCCCACCCCCUCUCCCCCUUCCCAAUAAAAUGUAACCCCUUCCCUGCCCUUUGAUCAGUGUCUGCAGUGAUCAAAAUACAGAUCACAGUAUUUCACUGUAAUCCAGUUGUACAGCACUGUGGAAUAUGUUUGCGCCUUUAAAUAUUAGAAAUAAAUAUAUUUAAAAAUCAGAUUUAUUUUUUUUCUUAACCCCUGCGGUUUAACAAA